CCGACCUGUGAAAUGUCAGGGAAGAAUGGCGCUCGGCGCGGUAUUUUGAACAAUCGUCUUUUGCUCGCCUCGUUUCGCCCGCAAACGCUGGCCCGCGUCAGAUAACUCAGGUGGCAAACGCUCGGAUGACAUCACUAGUAAACAUACCCUGACUUGUCAUUUGACCAAGGUGGAGCGAUUGAGAAAACAGGUGCCCUCAGGUUGCCAAUACGCGCACCCCAGAAGGAGCAGCACAUUGUCCAUUGAAUUGAUGCAAACAUCUGUGGCACUGUACACAUGUGUACCGGGGUGCUGAGUCAUCGCCAACAUGGACGUGGUGUCGCCUGAGCUCAACAGCCUCCUUCCUGACGAAAUCAUGGACAUGGAGGCCAUUGAGGAGGUGGCUCAGUCCAGCCAAGACGCAUCUGCCGCCAUGGAAACGGACACGGUCCCGGAGAGUGUCGGCCCGUCGACUGAACGUGCGCUCCAUGGCGUCGCCGUCUCCGCUUCCGGUUUGUCCUCCCCGCUGGUGACCCUGAGACCGACGCUGGCCACCUCCACGGCCACCACCAAGACCACGGACAGCGUCACGGGGACGACGGUCACCACGAGCGCCUUGCAGAAGCUCACGGUGCCGCUCAGCAUCUCCGCCACCAACCAUCAGAUCAUCCUCAGCAAGGUGGCUUCGGAGGCGGCGCGUUCGACGAUGGGCCAAAAGCUUCUGGUGACCACCAUUGGGAAAACAGGGCAGCCCAUCGUGCUGCAGCUGCCCCACGCCGCCACCAAGGCGGGGGGCGCGGGCGACACAAAGUCCAUCAAGGUGGUGACCAUCGGUGGGAGGUCGGAUUUGAAGCCGGCGGUUGGGAGUGUAGCCGGUCAGGUGGCUGCCUUGCAAGGGCAGCAGCUCAAGACUGUGCAGAUCGCCAAGAAAACACCGGCGUCCUCGGCUCCGCCCAUCAAGUUCAUCAUCACCAAAGCGGUGAACAGCAAAGCGCUGAGUCCUCAAACAACGGGCGCUCCCAUCAUUGCGGGACGGGUCCUGGCGCAGAAUUCGCCAACAAUGCCUCAGAGGACCAUCACGCUCACAGAGUCCCCGCACAACACCGCUGCCAGCAUCCAAAGCAUCGCCGGCAAAAAGAUUGCCAUCUCCCCCCUCAAGACUCCCAGCAAGGUGACUGUGGUGUCUGUGGCGUCGCCGACCUCCGGGGCCGCUCAGAAGUCCAUGACGCUGCCGGUCAGCGUGGCGCUGGGCCAGCAAAUCCUCUCUGUUCAACAGUCUACGUCGUUGUCACCUGUCAAGGUAGCCACCAGUCAGGCAGCACAGAAUAUUAAACCGGUCUCGUCAGUGGCGGUGGGGGGCUCCCAGUUCAAGAACAUUAUCCCGCUGGGGGCCCAGCCUAACAUGCAGCAGAUCCAGGUGCCGGGAAGCCGCUUCCACUACGUUCGCUUGGUCACCGCCACCACGGCAAGCGGCGGCGUGCAGCCCACCGCUCCCAGCACCAGCGCCAUGCAGACAGCUAAACCUAUGGUGGUCAGCACGGGGACGGUGGGGAUGUCGGUCCCAAUUGUGGCGGCUCAGACGGUCAAGCAGGUGGUGCCCAAGCCGCUGACGUCGGGAGCCCAGGUGGUCACCGGCACGUCGAGCCAGCAGCGCCUGAUCAUGCCCGCCACGGCGCUGCCGCAGAUUCAGCCCAACUUCGCCAACCUGCCGCCGGGCACCGUCCUGACGCCGGCACCGGGCGGCGGCAACGUGGGCUACGCCGUGUUGCCGGCGCAGUACGUCACGCAGCUGCAGCAGGCGCCCAUCGUGACCCUCGCCAACAACUCCACUUUUCCCACCGCCACCGUCCAGACUCAAGCCCGACUCCCACUUAAUGGCAUGUCGGCGGAGGCGACGUCGCGGCCGAGGAAACCCUGCAACUGCACCAAGUCUCAGUGUCUCAAGCUAUAUUGCGACUGCUUUGCAAACGGCGAGUUCUGCAACAACUGCAACUGCAACAACUGCUUCAACAACCUGGAGCACGAGGCCGAGCGCUCCAAAGCCAUCAAGACGUGUUUGGACCGCAACCCGGAGGCUUUCAAGCCCAAGAUCGGCAAGGGGAAAGAGGGCGAGUCGGACCGGCGCCACAGUAAAGGCUGCAACUGCAAACGGUCGGGUUGCCUGAAGAACUACUGCGAGUGCUACGAGGCCAAGAUCAUGUGCUCGUCCAUCUGCAAGUGCGUCGGCUGCAAGAACUUCGAGGAGAGCCCGGAGAGGAAGACCCUCAUGCACCUGGCCGACGCGGCCGAGGUCAGGGUCCAACAGCAGACGGCAGCCAAGACCAAGCUAUCCUCACAGAUUUCGGACCUGCUCAUGAGGACCGCGCCCGUCAUCUCCAGCGGUGGCGGCAGGCUCCCAUACACGUUUGUGACAAAGGAGGUGCUGCAGGCGACGUGCCAGUGCCUCCUGGAGCAGGCCAAGUGGGCGGAGGAGACGCAGCAGACUCAGGCAGAGGCCGAGCGCCUGAUCCUGGAGGAGUUUGGACACUGUCUCAUGAGGAUCAUCAACUCGGCGGGCAAAGCCAAAGCGGACUGCGCCGCCAUCAACAGCUAGGUCCAGAACAAUGGCCGGCUUGGAACGGACACACGUGGAACACCAUAGACGCUCAUCUCUGCGCAAAGGAAGCGCUGCACUUCCAGCUUUUAUUCCCCCCUUUUAUACUCUUUUGCUUCCCUCUUUCCUAUCUGAUGUUUUAUUCCUGAAACAUGGUGUCAAAUGGUAUAUUUGUGCUCCCAUUAGACAAAACGCAACACGUUUUUGAUAUUUAUUUUUGGCAAGUAUUUGUAAUUAGCGCUAAUCUUCUGUUGGUUUCAGUGUUGAUUAUUAUUAUUAUUGUUCUAAUUAUUAAUAUUAACCGAGGAUUGGCUACAUUAAUUCCCAAUCCGUGCACGUACGGCAUGACUCAAAAAGUUACAAUACUGGGCAAACAUCUGCAAUUGUCCUCGUGAUAAAGGAAAAGGACAUUGUAUUUGGUGAGGAAAAAAAAUACACAGUGGAAGUACAGAAGCACAAAAAAUCAAAACAUCAAAAAUUGGUAAAAAUUAUGAAUCACUGACAGUGUAGUGUGCCUUUUUAUAUGGUGGUGGAACACGGCAUAACAGUUUUUAAUACCUUCAAAACCACCCAAAUUAAUUUGUGAUUCAUGCUUUUAUUCAUGUCACUCAAAAUCAUUGUCAUCAAGAACAUCUCGGCAGUACAGAAAUCUUGUGGGAAAUUGUGUACAAUUAGCUACAUUGUACAAAAAUAAAAAACAAAAAAGCUAUUUAGCUUUGUAUUUAAAUCAAACGCAUAA